CAAAUUACGCAAGUUCCUCGUCGAGAUAAUGAACUUCAUCCAAAAAAACGUAUUGCUUUAGCCACUCAGCCACAACAACAUAAUUCCCAUCGUGGAGCUGGUCAUCGAUAUGACAAACGACAAUGUUCAUCAGAGGAUGAAGAAGAGUGUAUAGUAGAUGAGGCGGAUGAUGAUGAUAACGAGCCUGGUUCGCGAAGAAGACAUUCACAAUCAUUGUCUUCAAGUGCUAGGCGACGUGUUUCGAAACAGAAUCAAUCUAUUUCAAGCUUGGAAGAAUUUCUGAGGGACUUAAAAGAAUCUCAAAAUCCGAUUAAGUCUGUCGAAAAGCUGGUCGAAUCUACAAUUGCUAUUAUAAAUUCUCCUGAUGACUUUAACUCAAAUCCUGGAUUCCUUUUCAUGAUACAAAGAGAAUGGUUACCAAAAUAUGCUAAUGUUCUUCUUUCUAGAAGUUAUCCCGAUUUAACCUAUCUUGCCACUGCUAUUCAUGAAUUUUUCAAUAAUCUAUUGGAAAUCGCGAUCCUUCUUUUAAAAGAUCCGGAAGUGCUGGGCGUAAAAUAUGAUGACUUUCCAAUAUCGGAACAUUUGUCAGAAGUAGUUUAUCGUAUUAUUGGGGAAGAUAAUGCAGCAUUUUAUCGACGCUUUGAUGGUCGAAAUGAUAGUGCUGGAAGACCGGAAGUUGGUCCUAGUGGGAUAUAUGAUUUUGAAGAUAAUAAUAAUGAAAUGGCUGGAAUAGAACAGUUAGAUUCCCGUAUGUCGCAGUAUCAAAUCAACAGCAUUAAACACUUUAUUACAAAAGGAGGAAUGCACGCCAUUUUGCGAGCUCUUGGAAAUGGGAAUAUUAAUAAUCGAGAAGGAACAGAGCACUACAGUUUCAGUAUCGAUUUAAAAGAUAUUUAUGGAUUGGUCAAAAUAAUUCAUAAGCUCACUCACUAUUUUGUGCAUAGUAAUAAUUUGGGUCAUAUGGAUUUUCGCGGAUAUGCAUUUGAAAUCGCCACGCGAGUCCAAAAACAAAUUAAAGAAAUUUCCGACGAAACGUUAUAUCGUCAGGACAAAAAGCUUUUCAUCAACAUAAUACAUAUGGUGCAUCACAUAAUAUUCAUGGCUCCGUCAAAUUCACAUGUGCAAUCAGUGGUAAGAGAUGAAACCAAUUAUCACGCAAUGCUUUCUUCGGAUGAUGAUGACGAAGACGAGGAAGAUCCGGAAGUUAUGCUUUGUCAAGAACUUCCUGACGAACAACAGAUCUUAACUUGCUGUUUCCUGAGACUUGAUGUUGCAAGCAGAUUAUUGAGGGCUCCACGUCUUGAUUUGCGAUUGACCGGUUUAAGUGAGAUUAAAGACCUUUUGAUGUUUGGUUUGAAACAAGCAAGGCAAAUAAGACGCACUAAACGAAAGAGCUCCGCUAGAAAGAGAAGCUUUAAUGAAAGUCCUUCGGACAGAAUUAUUCGAUCGCUUGUUAACGGACUUCGUGAGAAGGAAAUAUUAGAAUACAUAUUUGGUCCAAAUAUACAUUUGGAAAUAGUUCAACGUUCAACCGAUGUUCUAAUUUUUCUCAUAGAUGCUGGAGCAUUGCAUUCAACAGAUUUGGAUAAAAUAUGGAUGCCUGUUGCAGGAAAUCAACAUCAAAGUAUCGUUCAUGGUGUCUUUCAAGUUCUAAACGAGAUAUCCGAUCGUCUUACUUUAGAACACCGAGAAAACCUAUUCAGAAAACUAAAAGUAUUGCCAAUGAGUCUGUACGACACGCAAACAUAUCUCUUAAUUAGGCAAUUAAUGCUUUCUAUGGUGGAAAUUGCGCAUUCUACGAUGAAUGCAAGAGACUCAAAGGUAAAUCAAGUAUUUUAUGAGGCACAUCUUUUAUUAUGGCGUAUUUUGCGCGAUUCUUCGGUGCCGUUGUCGUCACUUAUGAAUGCAGAAGCUACUACACCAACUGUCGCGUCUACCGCCUCAGCUUCAUCUUUAAUUGAUCAAGAUAUUAUUCAAGGUGUAAAUCAAUUAUUGAACAAUAUACUACAAUAUGGACCGCAUGAAGAAAAACGAGAGGAAUUUUUGGAAAAAUGUAUUGAAGAUUUGAAAUCACAUCAUCCCGCAACAGUAUGGGCGCUUCGUGUAAUCAUGCGAAUUAUAACACUACCAUUUCCAGAUACGACUUGCACCGCCACGGAUUAUUUACGCCAUUUAAUCUUUCAAACUGGCUUACCCAACCUAUUUUUAGAAGACUUGAUUUAUUGGAGAAACACUGUAAAAUCGCUACAUGAUAGAAGAAACAGUUCUAUCAGUAUGGAUAUUGAUCGUAUGUCACCACCUGGCUCCUCUUCGCCACUUGUUGGCCUUUCGCCAACUCGAGCAGCUAUUCUAAAAGACCAAUUACUCGGAAGAUUACAAUUUCUUCAAUGGAUGGGAAAUUCGGAGACAGUUCCAUUUUUCACUUCGACUGAACAAACGGAUAUUGUAUGGGAUUGUUUAAUCGCUGAGCCAAUUGGAAUAUCAGAGCGAGAUGAUGCUUUUCAGUGUUUGGAAACCAUUGAGGAAUAUGAUCAUUUUAUCAACCAUUUCUUUCAUAAUCGCUUGCCUCAAUUAGAUGUAAGAUACUUUUCUGAACAGGCAUUAAAAUAUGCGAAAAAUUGUCUACUCAAGGUUAAUAACAAAAAUGAGCGAUUGCGAAUGAAUCCUUCUUCCCAAUCUUACCACAUAUUUUUACAAGGUGAUUUGAUUGGUACUCAACUGAUUUGGAACAUUGCGCUGUGUGCAGAAACGGAAGCGGUUGGAAAAGAAGCCAUCGCUUUCUUAGUUCAUUUAUACAUGAAUACGGAUCCUAAUUUACCAGAUAGCAUUACACUAGCACGGAAACAUCGUGAGACGUUGGUAGAUAAAUGUGUCGAUAAUUUAUUUGCUGCUGCCAAUGGUCUCUCUUCGUCUUUGUCAUUUUCUCCGUCAGUUGGCAAUUUAUUAAUUGAAAACUUGGAUCAACCUAACAAUGAUCAUGAUCCUGAGAAUUACAACUUCACGAAUUGUAAAACACGAGAUGCCUUGAUGUUCAAGCGAUGCCUCGAAAUGUUGAAAUAUUUUAUGGAUUAUUUUGACACAAAGUACAUGUCCACUAAAUCGGGCCAAAUGCUUGUAAGACGACAUGGAAUGUUAAAUGAUGGAAAAAUGAUCAAUAUCAAAGUCAAACUUCCUCAAGGAUCUGAAGCAUCGGAAAUGGAAUUUCCGAUGCACACAUCAGAGACCAUUUUAGCUUUGCGUCAUAAAAUUGCUGCGAAGAUUAAACUUCCCCAACCGGGGGUAAUCCGAUUGUUUACAGGCGGAAAAGAAUAUCCUCAGGACUGCAAUUGUUCAACUUUCCAAGAACUGAAAAUAAACGAUGGUACUGCAUUUAUGUGUGUAAGUAGAGUGAAUGAAGUAAAGGACUCUCAAGAAACAGAAAAACCUGAGCUCAAAACAAAUGAGGAGAUCAAUGAAGCUGAUAUGCCUGUCAAUAUCUUAUCAAAAUACGUUGAUCAAUUUUUUGUGAUGUUGCAACUCGAAGAAAAAUACGCAUCUCAGAUUUGGGAUUUGCUUAUGCGACUUCCAACCAAUACUAGAAUUCUGAAUAGUCUUAAAGCUUUGGAGGCGCCUGUUGAAUGGAACACUUUGCUAGAUAGCCAAUCUCCAUUCCGUUUGCUUUAUGCCUUACAAAUUGUCGAUUGGCUGUUGAGAGGCGGGGAUGAACAAUUGAGUGCUUUUGAGUGGAGCCGAAGAUUCAUGGAAAAUGGAGGGCACGAUCAUUUACUUGCAAUUCUUAUUAAGCGAGAACAAACUUCUAAUGAUCCAGAAAAUGCUUUGAUCGAGCACCAAAAAAGCGUAAUAAAAAGAGCUUGCCUAGGUCUUUUGCUUAAAGUCAUCGAUUAUUUCAUUAGUAACGACAAUUCGACUAUGGAUGGUCAAUUCUUCAUGAGAAUUGACAAAAGUGAUCUAAUUGCUAGAUUGCUUGAAAUAGUCGGAAAAUGCAUCGAUCCUUCUUUAAAACAAGUCGAAGAAGACCUCAUCAUCAUCAAAUAUGCAAAUAAGUUGCUGUAUUGUCUAUGCAUGAGAGACGAAUCAGCCCUUCAAAGUCUUUUCGCUUAUCCAGGCUUGAGUAACUGGCUCCUCAUGGGACUAGUUCAAUGCCAGUCGGAAGAAGCAAGAAAAGAGAUUGCAAAUCUGAUUGACAAGUUUUGUAUACCCGAAGAUAUUGAGCUUGGGCUUCAAGAAACAACGUUAUCAUCAUCUCCGCAUUCCCGUUCCCUCGAGUUUUUUUUACAACUACUUGUUUCUAUAUUACCUGAACUUGAACAACACGUUUUCACAUGCAAAGAAUAUUUCGACCUCCUGGGAAGUUUACUAAAGUCAAUGAUACCUCCGAUUAAUUUCGACGUUACCAAAUUGUUUGUUCUAAUGAUUCAACAUAUUAAGAAUCAUCCUAUUAAAGAAGUAACCUAUCAUAGUGAGGAAUCUCAUAGUAGCUUUGAUGAUACUUUGAUCAUCGGUCUUAUGAAAACAUUGACCGUACUCUUGGCAAAAUAUCCCAAAUUCAAAUCCACGACUCAGUUUAAUGAGGGAUUGAUAGACAUGAUCUUUAAUGAUUGCCUUUUCGAAAUUCCAACGAUGGAAUAUUCAGGCUGCACAUACGUGCCACCCAAAUGCAAAUUUGUUGAAUCACGAACCGCAGCAAUGGAAUUACUGCUUGAGCUUGUAAAGGACUGCCAAGAAAAUUUCAUCCAUCUAACGAACCUAUUAUUACACCAACUCAAUCGUGGUGAUCAAUUAAACGACAAUUGGAAUUACUGCCCGCAAGUUUGCACCAAAGCAAAUUCCGGCUACGUCGGAUUACAAAAUCUCGGUGCAACGUGCUACGUCAAUUCCAUUGUCCAACAAUUUUUUAUGAACCCUUCGUUUCGCAAUGGUAUUUUCUCAGCACCUGUCCGAGAUGAAAAUAAAGACGAGAGUUUGCUUUAUCAGUUGCAAGUUGUCUUUGGGCAUUUACAAGAAAGUCAAAAGAAAGCAUACGAAGCGACUCCAUUCUGUCAAGCCUAUAAAGACUACGAUGGUGGGCCGAUGAAUGUUGCUGUACAGAUGGAUGUGGAUGAAUAUUUUAAUGGGUUGUUUGAUCGAUUGGAGAAUAGUGUGUCUGGUACUUCGCAAGAAAUGUUAUUUAAAAAUCAUUUUGGUGGAACGCUUGUUCAGCAAAUCAAGUCGCGUGAAUGUGAGCAUGUCUCGGAGCGCGAGGAUCCAAUCUUUGCUAUUCAAUGCGAGGUCAAAAAUAAGAAAAAUGUAGAAGAAAGCUUGCAACUUUACGUAGAAGGCGAAAUCAUGGACGGAGAUAACAAAUAUUACUGCGAGAUGUGUGAUCGAAAAGUGGAUGCGAUAAAAAGGGCUUGUAUAAAGACAUUACCCAACAAUCUUAUACUACAUCUAAAAAGAUUUGAUUUUGACAUGGAAACGUUCAAACGCGUAAAAAUUAAUGAACAAUUUGAAUUUCCGGAUCGUAUAAAUAUGGAACCAUACACCUUGGAUUAUCUAAUGAAAAAAGAAUCAGGCCAACUUGAAGAACUGAACGCUGAUGAUGCUAAUAAAAGUCAAUUCGAGUAUCAACUUGUCGGAGUUCUUGUUCACACCGGAUCCGCAGAUUCUGGGCAUUAUUAUUCGUUUAUUAAAGAGCGGAAACCGUUGCAUCUUGACGGCUCAGGUGAACAAAAAUGGUAUCAAUUUAAUGAUUCGAAUGUCGAAGGUUUUAACCCCAAAGAUAUCCCAAAAUGUUGCUAUGGUGGUUCUGAAACCAUGACAAACUAUGAUCCAAACACACAAAAGAAUGUCACUCGUUCUUUCGCGAAACCUUACAGUGCAUAUAUGCUUUUCUACGAACGUUGUGACAACAACCAAAAUGAUGAAAGUUUUGUGUCGGGAAAAGAAGCAGCCUCGAAGAUCCCAGAGGAUAUUUAUACAGGCAUUUGGCAAGAAAAUAUAGGUUUUCUACAAGAUAAAAAUAUAUUUGAUGUUGGAUAUUUCCGUUUGAUGUGGAAUGUUCUUCACUCGGUCGACUUUGACGCAGAUAAUCGCAUUAUCAUUGGAAAUAAUGAACAAGAUCUGACAUUCCGCACUAUACGGCUAGCAAGCGAAUUUGUUUUAGGAACAUAUUGUCGUGCUAAAGAAAAUUUAGAAUUAAAAGAUUGGAUUGAUUUCCUAAAAACACUUUUCCAAACUCAUUUGAGAGGAUGCCGAUGGUUCAUUAAGCGAUUUAUUGAAAAAAAUCCCAAUUAUGUCCAACAGAUUCUCAUGUCCUGCUAUGUGCAAGAAGUCAGAGAGCAUAUCGUCGACUUGGUAUUAUUCGUGUUGAGAGUUCUUCGUCAAGGAGAUCCAAGCACGUACGGAUUGGUUAUUACCACAGAUCAUGUGAUUGAAGAAAACCACGAUACUAGAAUGAGCGUUGAUUCUACUUCACAAAUAACUCAAUCCCUUCAAAUGGGUAGCCUUAUAGUGGAGCUCUGUGAGGCAUUAUUUAAUCUGCUUCACAAUGCUUCUCAUUACUGGAGAAAUUUCGAUCAAUAUUUCUUUUUGCUAUCACAAAUCGCAAACUCUGGAAUUCCUGAAAAAGCGUACAUGAUCAAUUGCGGUCUUAUAGGAGAAUUAGUCAAGUUAUUCCUGUUAGACGAAAUAUCUCCAUUAAAAGGAAGAAAACGAAGAAUGGGCGAUAAAUUCUCUCUUCCUCCAUUCAGAAAUCUAUUAGUCACUUUAGCAAUUUUGAUAACUGCCUGCACCAUCGAGCAAACGACCGAAAUAUCAACAAUGAAUGAGGCUCGUCUAAAAUUAAGAGAUGAAGAUCUAAGUAUUAUUCUUCAACGUAGCGAUACAGACGAUGAAUUAAUCUUCUUCAUGAAGCAAAUUCGGGAUAAUGUCGAUAUGGCGUCCUCGCGUGACAUUUUUAUACAUUUUGCUACCAACAAUAAAUCGUUGACCGAGCAGUUAAUGGAACAGCUAUUUCGUGCGGCGGAUUCCUACCCGAUCGAUCACCACGUCAGAGCUUAUUUGGAAAUAGUUUAUGUGUUGACUCAGAUUAAAGAUUCGAAUUUUAUGUUGAGAUUUCAGACUGCAAUUACUUAUGUAUUGAAGCUGUCAAGCAAUCAUCCAAACACACCCGCCGUUGCUUCUGAAUGCCUUCGUUUCAUUGAAUGUUUAAUCAUGUCCGAUAUUGGAACAUAUGUUCAGGAUCUGCUCUUAGCUUACAUGGGAGAAUGGUUACCCCAAUUUCUUCUCGAAAAUCCCUACGAAGCCGUACGACUACAUGCUGAAACUUUAUGUGAUAUAUUAAUAUUUAAUCAUUUGAAAGAAGAAAAUUAUUUGAAGGAAGAAAAUUAUUUGAAAUCAAUUCGUAAAUUAUACGAGGUGUUGUUAAAGAAUUUGGACCGUUGUGAUAGCUACUGGAGAACAACGUAUCACCGCAAAGAAUUAUACGGUUGGAGAUUAAGUAGUUAUUUUAGGGUCUUGACGAAGUGUGUCAUUACGAAUGAAGACAAGCUUGCGUUUAUGCCUUAUUUUGAUAAAUUCAUAAAUUGUUUUAUGAAUGUCGAUAACCAAAGACUUGACUGUGAUAUGGACAAAAAGAACCCGAAUAACAUAAUUGAAGCGAUGCAUUUGUACUACGUAAGCAUCAAUCAUAAUGCAGAGAAUAUUACAUAUAAUCAAGCAACGUUACCCAAGUAUUAUGGUAUUAUUUUGAUGGCAUGUCAACAAUCGUCUGAGUAUCACACCCUUUGGAUGGAAGCUCAAAAUUUCACUUGGGCUAUGAACAAUAUGAUAUGGGGUGAUUUUUACGAUGAUCAUAAAACAGAUGAGCUUAUAGAAUUAUUGAAAAUUAGUGCUGAUAGGUCGGUCGAUUUCAGGAUGAAAUGUUGGGAUAGUGUUUUAAGUAAUAUCGGACAAACUGGUUCUUCACGUAAAAUUUCCUAUUAUUUGAGACUACACACCUUCCUUUAUCGAGAGACGAUUGAAGAUUUUUUGAUAUUUUGCAAAAAUUACGGGUUGGACUUUUUCUCACAGUAUAUCCAUUCGGUCAAAGAUAAAAACCCGAGUGACGAAAACCUGUUUCAAUGUUUGGAUGUGUUACUCUGCUAUUUCAAAAAAGUUGCCGCAACUGUUCCAUCCCAUCAUCAAAGUGAAGAAUUGGAACAACACUUUAAAACAUGGAAUCAAAAGAACUUCAUUCGCACGCUAUUGAGUUACUUGCAUCCAAACACGGAAAAUCAAAUAUUUAUUCGCGUAACAGGCAAUGUUUUAUUGGAAAUCGAAUACAUGUCUGACGCCGUUGGUGAUAUAAUACAUUCAAUGAUAUCCAGUCACGCGGAAUGGCAAAAAAAGGCUUCACAUAUCGAAGGCGAUCUGUUAUUAGUCUUUGGCGGCAACCAUUCUCUCUUUAACAAAUAUCAAUUGCUCUCUGACCUAAAAACUGGGGGAACGCAUAAAUCUUCCUCCAAUGGCCCUUUGAUACACGUGUACAAGCCAUUCUUGAAUAAAUUACAACCAUUAGAAAUCCAAUCGUUGCAGGAGGAAUUGUAUUCGCCAUACUUGACGGUCGUGAAACACGCUAUUGAUGCGGGAUGUAGACUACAUGAAUACGAUAAAGUGGUUCAACUAUGCUCGUUAAUUGCGAUUGAAAUGAUGGAAUUCCGAGGCGAGUUCGCGCUUUACACACUACUUGAUCUAUUCGACAAGACUUCUGAAAACGAUCAAAUAUUGCAAGCUUUUCAUAGUAUCUUUGUUGCAAGGAUAGUGGAAUAUAUUCUCAAUUCUAAUCAAUCGUUAUUGCUCAAGCUUUCACAACAAUUGAAAUCGCUAAAAUCUUUGACGCAAUUUAUAAAGAACAAAAAAGUCGAUUCGAUCCAACCAAUUAUAUCCAAACACAUUCAGCAACUGGCCACCAAUGUAAAAAUUUUGAAGGAACAACUAGAAACUAAUGACUUGGAGUCGGUUGGAUCAAUUCUAGAACAACUAGUUGCGGUGCUUCAGGUGUUGGAUAUCACUUUGACUCCCACUGACUUUGUGUCACCGUCAGCAGAAGAUCCACUCUGGCAGGCAUUUAUAGAAAGUCUCGAGAAACUAAAAGGAUAUCUGUUACCAUCGGAUCAACAGCAGCCAAGCCAGUUUGAAAGUUUCGCUGCUGUAUCCGAAAAAAUUCUUCUCCUAGCUGAUGAAUUGAAAAGUCAAAUACCACCAACCAUAACAGUUACUACGACAAAUGAUGAGAAGGAUGUUAUCGUCACCGAGAACAUCGAUGAUGAAUCUAUGAAGGAAGAAGACAAUAGCGGCAGCAACAAUGAAGCUGUUGUUGGAAGCGAUGAACACAAAAGUGCAGGCAGUAAUUCAGGAGACAUUGAAGGUGUUGGCGUUGCUGCUAAUAUCAGUGAUGACGUCGAUGAUGAAAAAUCAGCCAGCCUUCAACAGCCAUCCACCAUCUAG